AUGGCAACACCUGUGGAAUUCAAAACCGACUGGAGUAAGUGUUGCCUCUGUCAACAAGAAAAGAAUGAAGAGUUGAAGUCACCUCACUCAAAUCCCACACAAAAAGAAACAACUGAUGGUUACAGCAAUAUUGCAACCAACAUUCCACAAUUUAAGGCAAUUAAUGCACUGCCGCCCAUGCUGGAUCCUCGUAGACUAGACGAAGAUGGGGCUAUAGACGACACUUUAAGAAAAAAUAAUGCAAAAUAUCAUCAGAGCUGUAGAUUACUUUUGAACAACACUAAGUUGGACAGAGCUAAGAAAAGAACUUUAUGGAAAUGGGGUAUAAAAACAAAGGAGAUCUUCCAGUUGCUCGAAAUUACACUGUUUUUUAUGCGAUAAAGAGGAUAAAGAUAUACAUUUGAGACAAGCAAUGACAAUGAAGCUGAAUGAUAGGCUAAACAACUGUGCAAAAAUCUUAAAUGACGGCAAACUACUAGCAAAACUCAGUGCAGGAGACAUAGUUGCUCAAGGGUUUAAGUACCACCCAGCCUGCCUAGCAGCACUGUAUAACAGGGAGCGAGCUGAACUGAGUGCCAAAGAACAAUCCACAUGUGACGGAAUACUUCCAAAGAGAGAGGCCUAUGCCAUUGCUUUUUCUGAAAUUGUCACAUUUAUAACCGAAUCAAAAACAGCUACAUCAGCUGAUGAUGGUGCGGUCAGAUUCAAAAUGGCUGAACUAGUGAAACUGUAUGGGCAGCGACUUGAGCAACUUGGUGUUGAUUGUCCAGAUCUGAACUGUACAAGAUUGAAAGAGCAAUUGUUAUUACACAUGCCAGAAGUACAAGCUUAUCACGAGGGGCGUGAUGUGUUCAUAGUGUUCCACAGUGAUAUCGGUGAUGUGUUAGCACAGAAAAAUAUUACUAGUCACGUGAUUCAUCAUGGAAAAACCGGAUCGAUAAUCCGAAAGGACAUGUUAUCCCACAAAUGGGCAUUGGAAAAAAUCCUCAAUGGAGAUUCUAUUGAGGAGGCUGUUCCCGCAUCUUUACUUGAAUUUUUGUGCAUGUUAGAACAUGGGGCGGAUAUAAAAUCACAAAUUAGAUAUGGCGCCUCAAAACCAAAUCUUGCAUUGGCUCAACUUCUUCAGUACAACUGCUCUGCUAGGCACAACGAAGGUGUAAAGACGCACAGCAAAAGAUCGUGA